UUCAUAUUAAAAUAUUAUAUAUAUCAUAUCAUGUUAAAGUAUUGGGUUUUCGCAAUUUUGAUACCUUGCUGUAUAUGUGUGCUACCGUCAGUCUUGGUGGGCCCGGGCAGUUGGAUGGUUAUCCACGUGGAGCAUUGUGUCGACAACGAUAAGUAUCCGUACCAGUUUCAGUUUAACCGGAGGAAGGUCAACCGGACCCAUGAUGGCUUCAGCGGAUGGAUGUAUUUGGACAGGGACCUAGAUGAAACUUUUGGGGUCCGCGUUGAGAUAUGCAAACACGUGGACGGCGGUUGCAAGCCCUCUUUAUUAUUGAAAGACGACUGCUACUGUAAUUUCGCUGAGAAAUACGCCAAAGAAAACAUAGAAGAUUGCUUGGUCACUUCCAUGGACAUGAGCCCACGCGUAUGUCCUAUUCCUGCGGGCAACCACUCGAUAUCGAACUACGUGUUCAAUUACGCGGAGCUGCCCGAUCAAGGCAUGUAUGGCAAGUUGGGCGUGGAGGUGUACAUACUGGACGGAGACGAGAAGAUCGGCUGUGUUCAACUCACCGUUAACUUCGAGAAUAUCGAUGACAACUAAUGAUGGAUUUGUCAAUAAAAACUUCAUGGCUGUA